AUGAACGUUCGACUCGACGUCUUUUCAUUUCAGAUUGUUUCAAAAUAUUUCUUUUAUAAAGAAGAUUACAUUAAUUCUAUUUUGAUAUGUCACAAGUUUAUGUGUAUUCUAGACCGUUUUCGUUACAAUCCAAUACCUGUCAAUUCCACAAAACUUUUCCCUUUCAUGGAAACUCAACAUAUUUACACAAAAGAAGAUGUUUUUAUUGAUGAUAUCGAGCACUACGUUGUGUGGUAUUCUGUAACACUUGAUGAGUUUCUAAACGAUUUACAAGACCGGGACAUCACUUUUAAAAACAUUGAAUUUUCAAACCCAAACAAUAUCAUUCAAACACUCGCGUCCAUUUCUCUCAUUCCAAAUAUCAAAAGUUUGGGAAAAGAAUUUUUAAAAUUUUUUAGAGUUGAGAAUUUUCAGGUUCCAAAUAAUAUCACAGAAUUAAAGCCACGCUGUUUCAAAGGAAACUCCCUUUCUUCGGUGACAUUAUGUGAUUAUAUUGAAACCAUUCCAAUGCUUUGUUUUUCGGAAUGUCUUCACCUUAUUGAAGUGGUCAUACCAACAAGUGUUAAAAGUUAUGAUAUGAUGGCGUUUAGCAGUUGUGGGUUGACAGCAUUUACAAUUCCAGACCAUGUCAUAUACAUUGGAGAUCGCUGUUUUGAGCGUUGUUUAAAUUUAGUUCACAUUUCUAUUGGACGUGGAAUUCAAGUCAUUCCGGAUUCUGCUUUUUCAUUUUGUGAAAAUGUGACUUUUAUUGAUCUUCCAGACACAAUCAAAGUUAUCAAAAGUUCCGCAUUUUUCAAUUGCAGAAAUUUGGAAAAUUUGAAAAUACCAAAAAGUGUUUUAAAAGUUGGAAAUGCCGCUUUUUGUUCUUGUAAAAGUCUUAAAGAACUCGUUUUCCCGGAGAAUUGCGAAUUGGUUGCAUCGACAUUUGUUUUGUGCUCAAAUUUGACUAAAUUUGUUGUACCAACAAUUAACAAUAAAGUGAGACACGUCAUUUCAUUUGAAGAAAUUUCCAUUUAUGAGAAAUUUUAUGAAAAUUUUGAGAGUUCAAAUAACUACUAUAAUUUGUUUGAUACAAAUAACGAAUUUGUUAAUGACCAAAAAAUAACAGAACUUUCCGUUUUUGAAGAUGAAAGUUUUGAUAAACUUGGAGAUGUUGGUUUUAUUCCAGAAAAUUAUAAAACAGUCAAAAAUGUAAGUUUCUUUAAUUGUGAACAAAUUAAAUCUUUUUAUUUUUGUGAAAGUGUCACACAAUUGAAAAAAGUUGGAUUUUAUUACUGUACAAAUUUGGAGUACGUUGUAAUGUCUUCCUCUGUUGAAAAACUUUGUGAUUUUAUGUUCAACAAUUGUAUUAAUUUGAAAUGUAUCAAAAAUAUGAAUAAUAUAAAACAUGUUGGAAAAAAGUGCUUUGAAAAUUGUGAAUCACUUCAAGAGCUUAAAAUUAAUCAAAAUGCAACAAUAGGAUUUCGUAAUUUUGAAAAUUGUAUUUCGCUCACUAAAUUAGAAGUACCAAAUUAUAAAAAUAAAAUUUUAUUUGAUGUGACUUUUAAGGAGAUCAAUACAUUUCAAAAAUUUGGGUAUGAAUGUGACAAAAUUGUAUUUAUUUUUGAUAAAAAUAUGUCAAUUUCAGAUUUUGAAAAAAUCACCGAUAAAAACAAAUUAUAUUCAUUUGGUGGGGUGUAUUCAACACAUCAAGAUUUAAAUGUAAAAAUACCAAAUAAUGUAACACGAAUAAUGAAAAACUUUUUUGAUAUUAAAAAUCUUGAAAGUCUUGAUUUGGGAAUUGUAAAAGAAUUGGGAAACCAAAGUAUUCGAUGUGAUGUUCAUUCUUUAACAAUUCCAACAACUCUAACUAAACUUGGAAACAACAAUUUUGUUAAAUGUAAAAAUUUAAGUUCAAUCAAUUUAUGUGGAAAACACUGUUUUACUCUACCACUCAAUAAAACAGAGAAAGGAAUAUUUGAAAAAUGUGGAAUACACUGUGAUUGUACUAUUUUCGGAGACAGAGAAUUUGAACAAUAUGGAUUUAUUCCCAAAAAUUUUAAAUUUAUUAAGUUAGUCUUUGAAAGCAACAAAACAUUCCAAUUACAAAAAUUUGUUGUUCCCAACGAAAUUAUUUCAAUUAAAAAGUCGUGUUUUACACAUUGUUAUAAUUUACAAAAUGUCAUAUUGUCUAAUUCUCUCACGGAAAUCGCUGAUUAUGCCUUUGCUGAUUGUUUUUCACUCGUUUCCAUCACACUUCCACAAACUUUAAAAAUUAUUGGAAAACAUGCUUUCUCUUCAUGUGUAAAUUUGGUUCAAAUUGACAUUCCAAAAUCAGUAGAGUAUAUUGGUGAUAAUGCAUUUUCUAUUUGUACACAAAUAAGUUCCGUCACAACUCCUGAUACGGUCUUUUCGAGUAAAAAGGUGUUUAAAAAAUGUUAUUCACUCUCUUCAAUUUCAAUUAUAGAAAAUAAAAAGGAAACGUGUCAGGUGUACAAUUCCACGUUUUGUCAAUGUACCAAAUUAACAGAAAUUUUUUUCCCAAAAUGUGUUACUGAAAUCUGUUCAAAUGGGUGUUGUGAAUUACUUUUUCUUCAAGAAUUAAGUCUUCCUGAAAGGUUAAUCAAAAUUGGGAAAUCUGCAUUUGAAAAUUGUACAUCUUUAAGUAGAAUACAUUUGGGAGAAAAACUUGAAGAAAUUGGAGCAUUUUGUUUUUGUAAUUGUGUUUCACUUCAAACUAUAGAAAUACCAAAAUCAGUAACUUUACUUGGGUUUUGUUCAUUCAAAGAUUGUAAUAAUUUAAAACAGGUUGAAAUACACAACAAUAUACAAAAAUGCUCACAAAACGCAUUUGAAGGUUGCAAAAAUAUCACAGAAGUAUUAUUUGAUAACAAAACAAUCACACAAAUCAAAAUUCCUGUGACUUAUGAAAUUUAUUUAAAUUUUAAAAAGAACAAAAUACAGUGCACAGAUGUUUUCUUUACGCGCAAAGACGUUAAAAGGCACUUAGAAUUUAUCAAAAAAGAUGAAAAGUUAAUUGGUAAAGUUCCUGACAAUGUUGUUGGUCUCUCAGACAAUUGUUUCAGGGGCUAUAAAACUACUCAAUUGCUUGAAAUACCUAAAAAUGUGAAAAGUUUUGGAGCUUUUUGUUUUUACAAUUCGGUGCCCAAAGAAAACGUGUUAUUUGAAAAUAAAAUGGAUAGCAUUUUCGAUACAAAUAACCACAAUUUUAAUUGA